AUGGGAACCCUUGGGAUGGCAGCACGAACCUUCGAGAUCAUUCUCAAUUCCCACCACUCACCUCUUCUCGAGCUCUCUCGCAAGGCUCACAAUCCCAACUUGAUGAUAAACAAACAUCACAAAUACAAACGAAUUCCAGCAGCAGACCUUACCAACGACAACAGCACAAUGACCAGUCAAGGCAACAGACAGGACGACGAAGUUAGCAACCCAACCACCGUGGUAACAAUGACGGGUGACCUUGAGAAAGAUCUGGAAACAGGUGCUUCGGCAACUGCUGCUGCGAAUACCACCAAACCCCGCGCCACAGAACGCAUUCAAGCCGUCCAAUGGCCUCCUCGAUCUCCUUCGACCAUGUUCAAGAAUGGCGUCAAAUAUGCUUAUUCCAUGCACAAGCCACUAGAAAUUAUUAUCUUGGCUGUAUUUCUGCUUUUGUGCUACCAGAUUCCUCACUGGGCAAUGGAACAACACACACGCCCCCUUCCCUUCCAAACUACAGCUGCUGGCGAUGUCAUUUUUGACAACCGUUUCAACCAGCCAAAGCUGCCAUCUACCUUCGAAGCCGGUUUUGUGGCGGAUUCCAUGACGUUCUAUGCCCCUGUAGCGUUUUAUGUCUUGACGGGAAAUCUGUUGGGGCCCAAAAACGAUGCACACUCGGCUGUAGCCAUGUAUCUGUGGGGCAUUUCGACCAAAAUUCUCGUGGUCGAAGCAGUCAAACGCUACACCGGCUGGUGGCGCCCCAACUUUUUCAAUGCCGCCUGCGACUUUAACACGACAACUCUGGAUUGUGGGGAUGGUGAUGGCAACGUCGGUGCGGAGCAUGGCUAUCAAUCCUUUCCCUCUGGACAUGCCGCCACCGCCAUGACCAGCGGCAUUCUAUGGUCCUUUUACAUUAUGGGCAAGAUUGUUGGAUGGGCACGACAACGCCAACCCCGCAGUCAACGCUACUGGGCUCCUUCGUAUUUUGUAAAAGUCUUGUUGCUGCUCGCCACGGCUCCCACCUUGUUGGGUAUCUUUAUUGCCGUGUCUCGCGCCCGAGAUGAUUGGCAUCAUCCCACGGACGUUCUUGCAGGAAUAGAACUGGGUGUGGGCACUGCCCUCUUUGCCCAUGCCAUUUACUAUCCGUCCAUCUUUGGGCGUACGGCAGGGAUCCCCCGUGCGACACUGGCAGAAGUGGAACGUGACGAUGAUGGCAAUGAAAGCGACGAAGACGAAGAGUAA